AUGCUUUUACUUUCCAAAGUUUAUAUUCUAGUCCCAGUGCUAGUCACAGCCAUAGAACAGUGUAACUUAAAUGUACUGGUCACAGCUGCUGAUAAAGUAGGUAGUUUUGAAUUUAAAAUUCCAACUGAGAAUUCCAAAAAGUACUCCAAGAAGCCACUAAACAAAAGAAUUGAAUUGAAAACUGCGAAAAUGAGGGCAAGCAGUUCCCAAUACCAAUUAUUGGUAAAUUUCAUGGAGAGGAAUGCGGAUAUCGGUAAAUUUGAGACGGAUUUGUCGUCGGACAAGUGGGGUGAGCUGACUAGAAAAUUGAACGUGGAAACGACGGGGGAGCAGAAAACUGUAGUGGCAUGGAAAAAGGUGUGGAAGAACCUGAAGAAAAAUGCAAAAAGGAAAUCAGCCAGAAUAAAUAAGAGUGUGUCUGUCGGUGCGACGCAGUGUAGGCCGUCGCUGUCGGAAUUGGAGCAGCGCGUGAUGAGUGUCCUGCGGCCUCUGGGAGCUGCCAGGCUAAGUACAGCGCCAAAGAUCAAGGUGGAGGUGCCCGAGGUACAAAUGGCAAAUCCAGUUGAAGAGCUCAUCUCCUCCAACUGCAGCCCGUCUUAUGACACAGUUCAGUCUCACUAUAGUACAAUGCCACAAACACAAAAUAGUGAUGUCCAAUCGAGACUGCAAAAUAAUGAUGUGUCUGGGAAACUCAUUAAAAUUGAAUUACCUUUAUCACCUAUAGCAAGUGAGAUGCAGAUUGUUCCGUUCAACCCAAAGACAGAAAAAGAGAACAUCAGAGCUACAAACCCCAAUUGCCCCGCAAGACAAGCAUCCCGGAGACGCAGAUACUGCCCCUAUACACGGCAGGCACCUCCUCCACUAAUGUGUGAAACUGUGUGGAAUGAAAACAGACAUCUCGGCCAAUUCAAUGAAUAUUUAAGGCUGUGGAGCUGGCAGCUGCGGCAGAAUGAAAGGUUUUUGAAUAUUUACAGGAAUAAGUAU